AUGGCUGGGCCAGGGUUUCGGGGCCACCCCGCCGGACCUCUUCUCCUGUUGCUGUUGGUGCUGCUGCCACAGGCCCUGCUAGAAGGACCCCUGGUGUUUGUGGCUCUGGUGUUCCGCCAUGGUGAUCGGGCCCCACUGGCCUCCUACCCCACGGACCCGCACAAGGAGGUGGUCUCCACCCUGUGGCCACGUGGCCUGGGCCAGCUGACUGGGGAGGGCGUCCGCCAGCAGCUGGAGCUGGGCCGCUUCCUGAGGAGCCGCUACGAGGACUUUCUGAGUCCCAAGUACCGGCGGGAGGAGGUGUACAUUCGCAGCACAGACUUUGACCGGACGCUGGAGAGCGCUCAGGCCAACCUGGCCGGGCUGUUCCCCGAGGCUGCCCCGGGGGGCUUGGAGGCCCACUGGAGGCCCAUCCCUGUGCACACAGUGCCCGUCACCGAGGACAAGCUGCUGAGGUUCCCCAUGCGCAGCUGUCCCCGGUACCACGAACUGCUUCGGGAGACCACUGAGGCUGCCGAGUACCAGGAGGCCGUGGAGGGCUGGACGGACUUCCUGACGCACCUGGAGAACUUCACGGGGCUGUCGCUGGUUGGAGAGCCGCUCCGCAGGGCAUGGAAAGUUCUAGACACACUGAUCUGCCAGCAAGCCCACGGCCUUCCCCUCCCCUCCUGGGCCUCCCCAGACGUCCUGAGGACACUUGCCCAGAUCUCCACUUUGGAUAUCGGGGCCCACGUGGGCCCACCUCGGGCGGCGGAGAAAGCCCAGCUGACAGGGGGGAUCCUGCUGGAUGCUAUCCUCUCCAACUUCUCCCGGGUCCAGCGCCUGGGGCUGCCCCUCAAGAUGGUCAUGUACUCAGCUCACGACAGCACCCUGCUGGCCCUCCAGGGGGCCCUGGGCCUCUACGAUGGGCACGCCCCGCCGUAUGCUGCCUGUCUUGGCUUUGAGUUCCGGAGGCGCCUCGGGCAUCCGGACGAAGACGGAGGGAAUGUCACCAUCUCCCUCUUCUACCGCAACGACUCGGCCCGCCCGCCCCUGUCUCUCAGCCUCCCUGGGUGCCCAGACCCCUGCCCACUCGGCCGCUUCCACCAGCUGACCACCCCAGUCCGGCCUCCAGCUCACGGGGUCCCCUGCCACGGCUCCUAUGAGACUGCCACCCCGCCAGCCCCCGUGGUGCCCCUGCUGGCCGGAGCCGUGGUGGUGCUGGCAGCCCUCUGCCUGGGGCUGGGCCUGCUGGCCUGGAGACCGAGCUGCCUGCGGGCCUGGGGGGGUCCUGUGUGAGCCGGAAACUGGGGAGCACCCUCCCCUAGCUGACAUUGGAUCCCAACAUGUGUGCACACUCGCUGC